UGAUUAUACUACGCCUUGACAUUAAAUAAGAUUAAAAUAUGGAUUUAGUCGAAGGCUUUCAUUAGUUGUUAAGACACACAUCCAUUCGAUUGAAACUGUUGUGGAAGUGUACUCGUGAUCAAGCACAUUCCCUAUCGAAAAUGAAAUGGUUUUUCGCAAAAUGUGUGGUUUUACUCAUUUGGAUUAUCCAAUUUGUAGCAUCCAGCAUUGUAACCGAUUAUCGUUUACCUACAUCUUUGCAACCGGAUUCAUAUACCCUAAAAAUUGUUACUCAUUUGGAAAAGGAGUACGAAGAAAAUUCCACUUUUAACGGUGAAGUGGCGGUUAACAUUCAAGUCUUAGAGGAUACAAAGAGUAUAACAUUACAUGCUAGGAAUCUUAAUGUCUCUGAAUCAAGUAUUGAGCUGAAAAGUCAUAAGGAUGACGAUUUUAAGCAAUGCAUAGAGGAAAUUGAAACAGUGAAGGAAUUAGAUUUCUUUGUCAUACAUCUUUGUCAUCCACUUUUCCGAGGGCUGUCAUUCGAAUUGAAAAUGUCCUAUAUAGGAACAUUCACACAAGAUAUGAGGGGAUAUUAUAUAAGUAAAUAUAAUGAUGAAGCUACAAAUAAGACCAAAUGGUUGUCGGUGACAUCUUUUGAGCCCGAUUAUGCCCGUGUCGCUUUCCCCUGCUUUGAUGAACCCCACUUAAAGGCUAAAUUCACCAUAUGGCUGGGACAUCAUCGAUGUCUGACGGCUCUGAGCAACAUGCCUUUGGAAAAACAGAUCCCUAUGGAUGCGUCAAGUGAGUUCGUUUGGAGCAUUUUUGAGGAAUCCGUUCCGAUGUCAAGCUACCUAGUGGCUUUUACCAUCCACGACUUGACCUUUACCGAAUCAAAAGCUGAGGGAUCUGAUGUUGUGUUUCGCACAUGGUCACAAAAAUCCAUGGUUAACAGCUGUUCUUACGCCGCUGAAAUGGGCCCAAAAAUUUUGAAGUACUACGAGGAGUUACUCGGCAUUGACUUUCCCAUGAGAAAAAUUGAUGCAGUAGCUAUACCCGAUUUAUAUGGAGCAGGAAUGGAGAACUGGGGUCUCAUAACAUACCGUCAAAAUUCCUUGACGCUGAACAUAAGUGCUGAGUCAAAAAUCAAGCAAAGCAUGCUCACCACUAUCAUUGCACAUGAACUGGCUCAUCAAUGGUUCGGUAACUUGGUGACCAUGAAGUGGUGGACUGAUUUGUGGCUUAAUGAGGGUUUUGCCACGUACAUAAGCAGUUUGGGAGCAAAAUUCGUCAUGCCGGACCAUGAUAAAUAUAUCUCGGAGACCGUCGUUCACAUCCGCCUAAUUUUCGAUACUGAUUCUGUUUUAAAUACUCAUCCCAUUUCAGAUCCAAAUAUAGAUAAGAAUGAACUUAAGAACCGUUUCGAUGACAUAUCCUAUUUAAAGGGAUCGAGUGUGGUGCGUAUGAUGCACCUGUUCCUAGGUCAGGAAGCAUUCUUUGAGGGCAUACGCAAUUACCUCUCCCAUAACAAAUAUCAAAGUGUGACCCAAGAUGACCUAUGGGCAUUUUUAACAGAGUCGGCUGUCAGAUUUAACCGUUUAGAAGGCCAUUGCAAUAUGAAGACGAUUAUGGACACAUGGACUCUUCAGGCCGGUUAUCCUUUAGUAAAUGUUAACCGAGACUUGGAAAAAGGCACAGUGACAAUUUCUCAAGAAAGAUUUUUGAAAAACACAACCACCUUGAGUGCUGACGAGGCCAAUAAAUGUUGGUGGAUCCCUUUGAGUUACACCUCGGCUUCUGAAGGUGACUUUGGUCACACAAUACCCAAAUUAUGGUUGAAGUGUAAUGCGACCACGGGCGGCAAAAUGACCCUGAAUUUAAACAAUGUGGAAUGGAGUAAAAAUGACUGGGUCAUAUUUAACUUGCAGCUAUCGGGCAUCUACAGAGUCAAUUAUGAUGCCGAAAACUGGAAAUUACUAGGAGAGGCAUUGAAAAGUCCUAAUUUCGGUAACAUUCCCCUCAUACAUCGAGUACAACUGCUUAUUGAUGUGGCGGCCUUAGCUAAGAGCGGUCAUAUUGGUUACUCCAUUGUGUUCGACAUUAUGGAGUAUUUGGUUCAAGAACGGGAAUUACUUCCCUGGAGAGUUGCUUCUGAAAGCUUUACAGGGAUUUUCAAGGCCAUGAGUCAAAUUCCCGAGUAUAGGUCUCAAAUAUAUGCUUAUUUUCGCCACAUUACCGAACCAAUUUUGAAGAGUAAUUUCAGUGAUACGAACAACACGAUCGAAAACAUGGAUUUAGCAAGGAUUAUGAAAACUAUAAUUGCCGGAUGGGCAUGCCGUGUAGAAGUAGAAGACUGCAUAAGAACGGCCAAUGCAAAUUUUGAGCAGUGGAAAGCUGCAGCAAGUAGGGAUGAGGUAACUGAAAUACCCAGAGAGUGGCGGGAUAUCACUCUUUGCGCCGUCAUACGUCAAGGUAAAAAUGACUACUGGAAUAUUCUUUGGCAACGUAUGAACAAUUCGCAAAAUGAUAUGUACAGCAUAACCAUGGCAAUGGGUUGCUCUACAAAAGCAACUCAUAUAAAAAAGUUUUUGGAUUUGGUAUUUACCGAUAAUGAUAUUAUGCCUGCCACCAUGAAACCCAUCGCUUUUACUCAUUUAUCCAAUAACGAAAUAGCAUUACCUAUUGCUUUGGACUAUCUAGCCGAACAUGUUAAAAAUUACCAACAGGAAUCAUAUCGUCCUUAUGUUCCAAUAUUAUUGUUGGAAUUUGCCAACGGAAUAAUGAACAUUGAACAUCUUACGAGAUUCAGACAAAUAAUAGACUCGCAUAGAGAAAUUUUUCAAAGCAAAGAGAGCGUAUUAAAACGCUUGCUGGAAAUAAUCGACGACAACGAGCAGUGGAUUAAACGAAGUGUGAUUGACAUGGCAUCUUAUUUGCAUAGUCUUCCUUUUACAAUGGAUAUUGUUGAAAAUAAUUUAAUUUAAUGUGUCCUUCAACGAUUUAAUAAAUAUUGAAAUAUUAAGCGAUAAA